AUGUCAGUAAUUAUAGAUAUAGACUUGAGUACUAAAAGAAUAUCUAAACGACAAGUAAAUCGAGCAAAUCCAGAUCCCAAUUUAAGUGUUGAAGAAUACCACAAAGUGUCAGUAUUUAUACCCUACCUGGACUUUUUUAUACAACAACUAGGAGAAUUAUUUUCAAUCCAUUCUGAAAUUUUUAAAGGAUUUCAAAGUCUAUUUUCCUAUACAUUAACUUCUAAUGAGGAGGUAUCAUUUAGAAAAUUACUUGAAUUUUAUUCACCUUCUUUGGAUGUGAACAACUCAAUUGCAGAAUUGAAAUUGUGGAAGAUAAAACUUGAGCGGAUAAACAAUAUUCCGAAAACUGCAAUUGAAGCAUUACAUGUGUGUAAUUCCAAUAUUUAUCCAAAUGUGCAUUUUAUUUUAAAAAUACUAUGCACACUUCCUGUUUCUACAAGUACGCCUGAAAGAAUGUUUUCCAGUCUUAAAAGGAAAAAAACGUAUCUUCGAAACAGUAUGUCCGAGAAAAGACUUAAUGGUCUGGCAAUGUUGGCAAUUUAUAAUGAUAUUACAUUUUCAAAUGAAGAGGUCAUUGAUGAACUUGCCAAAAAGCCUAGGAACCUGGACAUAAUAUUGUAA